AUGGUGCUUUAUGAAAGAAUGAUUGAAGACAGCGGGCGGAGAGGUGACAACAUGGCAGAUCGAAGGCAACUGUUUGUUGAGAUGAGGGCCCACGACUUGGAUUCCAUCCGAUUGUCAACAUACAGAACGGCUUGCAAACUCAGAUUUGUGCAGAAGAAAUGUAACUUGCACCUGGUUGAUAUCUGGAAUGUGAUCGAGGCUUUCCGAGAGAACGGGCUCAACACCAUGGACCUGACCGCUGAGCUCUCCGUGGCUCGCCUGGAGAUGGUACUGUCCACCAUUUUGUACCAGCUGAACAAACGCAUGCCCACCACGCACCAGAUCAACGUGGAGCAGUCCAUCAGCCUGCUGCUCAACUUCCUCCUGGCAGCCUACGACCCGGAGGGCCUCGGCCAAGUCACUGUCUUUGUCGUGAAGAUGGCCGUAGCAACUGUGUGUGGUGGGAAGAUUCUGGAUAAAUUAAGAUAUAUCUUUUCCCACAUAUCGGAUUCCGCUGGAAUAAUGGUGUACGCACAGUUUGACCAAUUCCUGAGGGAGGUUCUCAAAUUACCCAUGGCGGUUUUCGAGGGACCUUCGUUCGGUUACACAGAACAAGCUGCAAGAACCUGCUUCGCACAGCAGAAAAAGGUCUCCCUCAACACAUUCCUCGAUACGUUGAUGCAAGACCCGCCCCCUCAGUGUCUGGUGUGGUUACCACUCAUGCAUCGGCUGGCCAACGUGGAGAACGUCUUUCACCCGGUCGAGUGCUCCUACUGCCAUACUGAGAGUAUGAUGGGCUUCCGCUACCGCUGCCAGCAAUGUCAUAAUUACCAGCUCUGUCAGGACUGCUUCUGGAGGGGGCAUGCCAGCGGUUCCCAUAGCAACCAGCACCAAAUGAAGGAGUAUACGUCAUGGAAAUCCCCUGCUAAGAAGUUGUCUCGCGCACUCAGUAAGUCACUGAGCUGUGCAUCCAGCAGAGAGCCUCUUCACGCCAUGUUCCUCGAAACGCCAGAGAAGCCUCUCAACCUAGCUCACAUUGUAGACACGUGGCCACCAAGACCAGUGAACUUCACCAACGACCACUCGCUCUCCCACUCCAUGCCGACAUCAGGGAACCCUUACUCCACCAAAAACAAGAAUAAUGAUGCUGAGCAAAGAAAGCCCUUGACUGGGACUGCUCCGCAUCUGUUCAAAGGGAGAGGGUUGAACUACAACCUCGAUGUUGCCGAUAGACUUGCUGACGAACAUGUUCUGAUUGGCCUCUAUGUGAAUCUGCUCCAAAACCAGCCCAGAUCAUGUUUGCUCGAGAGCAGUAACCAUCAAGAUGAAGAGCACAGUCUCAUCGCCCGCUAUGCUGCUAGACUGGCUGCUGAUGCUGCGGCUCAACAGCAGCGGAUCCCCACAGACCUCCCCUACUCUCUGGAUGCCAACAAACAGCAGAGGCAGCUCAUUGCCGAGCUGGAGAGCAAAAACAGAGAAAUCCUGCAGGAAAUCCAGCGGCUGCGGAUCCAGCACGAGGAGGCCUCCCAGCCGCCUCCUGACCGGGGUCAGCAGAACCCCACUCUGCUGGCGGAGCUCCGUCUUCUCAGGCAACGCAAAGAUGAGCUCGAACAAAGAAUGUCGAGUCUGCAGGAGAGUCGCAGGGAACUCAUGGUGCAGCUGGAGCAGCUAAUGAUGCUUCUCAAGCUGGAGGAGGAGCGGAGACAAGGCACUCAGGGUCCCGGCUCACCACGCUCUUCCCCCAGCCACACCAUCGGCCGGCCGAUCCCCACACCCAUCCACUCGGACUCUGCCGGCACGACCCCGACUCACACACCUCAGGACUCACUCAUGGGAGUGGGAGGGGAUGUCCAGGAGGCCUUCGCUCAGGGUCCAAGGAGGAAUUUGAGGAACGACCUGCUCAUUGCUGCUGACUCCAUCACCAACACAAUGUCAUCGCUGGUCAAGGAACUCAAUUCAGAGGGUGGAAGUGAGACUGAGAGCACUGUGGAUUCAGACUUUGGCCGUGGUGACCUGUCGGCCACUAACUCUGCAGAUCCCUUCAUCACCUUUAAACACAGGAGGAUCAGCGCUGCAGAAGAUGAGAGCUUUGACAACGAUCUGGAGCAGCAGCUGGAGGACGAGCUCGGCUUGGAGGAGCUGAUGAAGCACAGGCAGGAACCAGACAAAACGUGCAUGGUGACUCUGCAGCAGUGACUGUGUUAGACCAUGUUACUGGCGAGCAAUAUGAAAAGCAACAAUAGUAGAAGACACUGGACACUGGGCCGACACUGGGCCGACGGUACCGAGCACUGAAGAAAUGAAGACGAUUUUAAGUUGAAAAAGAAAAAAAUUGCUAAG